AUGUCUGGCCAGGUUGGCCGCGCUGUGGCAUUUGCCACUGAUGCUGCCGGUCUCGAGCGCUUCCUACGCUUCUUCCAUUCCAUCUUCAUCAUCCUCACCUCCUGCCCCUCCCUGCUUUCCAACUUUCUCCUCUCCUCGCAGCCCUCCUCAUUACACGGGAGCUCGAUAAAAUCGAUACUGCAGCUACAAUCGCAUGUCAGCCUCACACGGCGGACCAUCCGCCUCUUCUGGUUCCUCGACAGCUUCCAGUCAAGCUGGAGACACUACAUCUCAUCGGCCUCAUCGGCCGGCAGCAAUCUCCCCGAGACCUGGAUCGACAUUCUCUCCAAGUCGGCGUUUGGCAUGUUUGGAAUGAUGGAGUCGGCGACGCUGCUGGACCUUGCCCGCGUUGACGGCGUCUCCGUCUUCGGCUUUGACGAAGCCGUGCGUUUGGAUGCCGAGGCCCAGGCUCUAUGGUUCAUCGCGCUGAGUACCUCGGCGCUGAGCACCGCCAUCAAGCUAUUCCGCCUAUCUAGUUCGCAUCGCGCUCCUCAGACUGACGAGCCUGAUACCCAACAAGGAGAGAAAAAAACCAGGGGCCGGACGAGGCAGGAACGCGCUGAAGCGAAGGAGCUUGUCCGGCGUCAGGCGGCGGAGAAGGCUGCGGCGCUGGAGAUGAGCCACAGAUCAGUCGCUCUUGGGAUGAAGCUCCUCGCCGACCUGCUCGAUCUGAUGAUUCCCGCAUCUCGUAUCGGCUGGAUCAAGGUUCAUGGUGGUCUCGUCGGCGUGGCUAUGCUUGGUAGCACUAUAUUGACCGGCAUCACCGUAUGGGACAGGUGCGCAAAGAAGCUAGAAAAAAAUGUCUAG